UUCCAUUUGAAAGUUUUCAUGAAAUCUGACGCGUAUGAGCUUAUUCGAGCGGGGAUCCUUUCGUCUUCUCAAAGUCUGGUGAAGAAAUUGGCAAUGGCGCGAAAGAAAGAAGUUGAAGGAUACCUGGUACGCCGCCACGGCCACGGAACCCACUACGCCAGCGACUCCACAAGCACUGGCCAUAACGAAGUUCCAGACUCCGACUUGAAGGUGCCGGACAUUACAGUUCCAAAGCUUCACGGCAAAUUUGACGCCUCCGCUGGCGCCGUCAGCUUGGAAGAUGGCUUCAUGUCCCUUGAAGUUCCUCGCUGGCAAGACCAGCUCACCAUGAGGGGUCUCAUGGUAGCGUUUUUCUUGGGGUUCCUGUUUUGCAUCAUCACACACAAGCUCAACCUGACGGUAGGAAUCAUACCCUCGCUGAACAUUUCGGCAGGAUUGUUGGGUUUCUUCUUCAUCAGAAUGUGGACCGCAAUAUCGUCGAAGUGUGGAUUCUUCACCAAACCUUUCACUCGCCAAGAGAACACCGUAAUUCAAACUUGCGUUGUCUCAUGCUACGGGAUUGCUUUCAGUGGCGGAUUUGGCUCUUAUUUGCUUGGAAUGGAUCAGGCGACGCAUGACAAGAUCUCUGCGGCUGGGGCUGGAGAUAUUCCGGGCAAUGAGGAUGUGAAGAACCCAGGUCUUGGUUGGAUGACUGCGUUCGUGUUUGUUGUCAGUUUCGUUGGAAUUUUCUCCAUUGUCAUCCUUCGGAAGAUUAUGAUCAUUGAUUACAGACUUACAUACCCAAGUGGUACUGCAACGGGUAUUCUAAUUAACAGCUUCCACACCCCAGGAGGUGUAGAGAUUGCUAAGACGCAAGUUACGUGUCUAGGCAAGUAUUUUACUUUGAGCUUUGUCUUCUCAGCCUUCAAGUGGUUCUUUAGCGGCAUUGGUGACAGCUGUGGAUUCGACCAAUUUCCAACCUUAGGUUUGAAGGCUUAUCACAACAUGAUGUACUUCGACUUCAGCAUGACCUACAUCGGAGCAGGCAUCAUAUGCCCCCAUAUCGUGAACGUCUCCGUCCUUCUUGGCGCAAUCCUUUCAUGGUGCCUGUUGUGGCCACUGAUCGCAAGUUAUGAAGGUAUUUGGUACCCUGCUGGUCUUGGAUCCAGCAACUUCAAAGGUCUCUACGGCUACAAGGUCUUCAUUGCCAUUGCCGUCAUUCUGGGUGAUGGACUAUACAAUUUUAUUGUAAUCUUGUACAAAUCCGGCAAAGAGUUACACGCCCACUAUGCUUCUCAUAAUCAACUCCCAGUUUCUAAUGCUGAGAUUCUGGACCCCAUCGACAGAGACCACGCCCGUCGAAGCGAAAUCUUCAUGAAAGAAGGGAUCCCGCCCUGGGUGGCUUUCACAGGUUACGUAAUUCUAGCUUCUGUAUCAGUGAUCGUCAUCCCCCAUAUUUUCAAUCCUGUGAAGUGGUAUUUCGUCCUCAUCUGCUACAUCUUUGCCCCCAUCUUGGCCUUCUGCAACGCGUAUGGGUGCGGCCUCACGGACUGGAGCUUGGCCUCCACUUAUGGUAAACUGGCGCUAUUCAUCUUCGGCGCCUGGGCUGGCACCAAUGGUGGAGUAUUGGUGGGUCUCGCAGUGUGCGGUGUGAUGAUGUCGAUUGUUUCUACUGCCUCGGAUUUGAUCCAGGACUUCAAGACUGGAUACCUGACCCUGUCCUCGCCGCGGUCAAUGUUUGUCAGUCAACUGAUCGGAUGUGCCAUGGGGUGUGUCUUGGCGCCUCUAACCUUCUGGCUCUUCUGGACUGCUUUCCCUAUUGGUGAUCCCGACGGCCUCUACAAGGCCCCAUAUGCCAUUGUAUAUAGGUCGAUGGCGUUGAUAGGUGUGGAAGGCUUCAGUGCUCUCCCAGGCCACUGCCUAGAGAUAUGUUAUGUCAUGUUUGCUGCGGCGGUUGUGAUCAACAUCCUUCGCGACACUCUUCCGAAAAGGAUCUCUAAGUGGAUCCCCAUUCCUAUGGCCAUGGCCAUUCCUUUCUACAUUGGUGGCUACUUCGCCAUCGACAUGUUUGUCGGCUCCAUCAUUCGAUUCGUAUAUGAGAAGAUAGACAAGCCAAAGUCGGACAUUAUGACCCCUGCCAUUGCAGCUGGACUUAUUUGUGGAGACGGUGUGUGGACCAUCCCGUCGGCUAUUCUUGCUUUGAGCAAGAUCAACCCUCCCCUCUGUAUGUAUUUUUAUAAGGCUACUGAUCCUCUGGCUGCAGUGGCCUAUUAGGUUAUAAUAGAUGAUCUAUGCAGCCCUAGUUCAACAGGCAGAAUUAUUAGUUUUAGGACAUUCACAAAUUCAUGAUAACAGGAGAUCAAUUUUGAUGCCUGUAAAUAUCAAUAGCAGCAUCUGCAGUCACAUGUGUAGAAAGAAGGAUGCUUAACAAGCUACGUGGACAUGUGCUUUGUUGCGUUGUAUGGCAACGACUCAACAUGCUCAUGCUUAAAUUUGGUUUCCUGUUCUUUGGAAAAAAAAUUCAGCAAGUUCGAACCUGAGUACUGGAUUUGCUUGAAA